AUGGCUUGGUUUUUUGACAUGGACGAGGUUAUCGAGUCCGGGCUGGUGCACGACUUCGACGCCAACCUCUUGGGCUUCGGUGAGGAGUUGAGCGAAGGCGCCUACAACAUGAGUGAUGUCCUGGCCUUGCCCAUUUUCAGGGAGCAAGAUCCCAGCCUCCCGCAGGAGGGUGAAACUAAACGCCCACCCUUUCAAUACGUGAUGGGUGCUGCAACGUCCGCCGCGGUAAAACUGCAUGAUGAAACGCUCACUUACUUGAACCAAGGUCAGUCUUACGAAAUUCGGAUGCUGGAUAAUCGGCAAAUGGGACAGAUGCCUGAAAUCACUGGAAAAUUGCUAAAGAGCAUCGUGAGAGUCGUAUUCCAUGACCGACGGCUGCAAUAUACGGAACAUCAGCAACUUGAAGGCUGGAAGUGGAAUCGCCCAGGAGACAGACUUCUCCGUUUAGAUAUUCCACUAUCAGUGGGAAUAACGGACACAAAGACAACUCCAACUCAGCUGAAUGCGGUUGAAUUCCUGUGGAAUCCUGCAAAACGCACAUCUGCCUUCAUCCAGGUGCACUGCAUCAGCACAGAAUUUACCCCGCGGAAGCACGGGGGAGAAAGGGGAGUGCCUUUCAGGAUCCAGGUCGACACCUUUAAGCAGAAUGAAAAUGGAGACUACACAGACCAUGUCCACUCAGCUAGCUGCCAAAUCAAAGUUUUUAAGCCUAAAGGGGCAGACAGGCGACACAAAACUGACCGAGAGAAGAUGGAGAAGAGAACUGCGAAUGAAAAAGAAAAGUAUCGGCCAUCCUACGACACCACAGUCCUCACAGAUUGUUCUCCGUGGCCUGAUGUUCCCACAGCCUACGUGAGUACCAGGCUGCCUGCAGUGCCCACCCCCGUGGGCACCCAGUGUGGCUUAGCCAGUAGCCUUCCCUCCCCCAGCCAGCAGAGAGCUGGAGCUUUGCAGGCCUCUGGUGAUCCCCUUCAGCCUUCAGCCUCCAUCCAAGAAACACAAGAGUGGCUACUCAGAAACAGAUUCUCUUCCUACACACGGCUUUUUUCCAGUUUUUCAGGUGCAGACUUACUAAAACUGACCAAAGAGGACUUAGCACAAAUUUGUGGUGCAGCGGAUGGCAUUCGACUCUAUAAUUCACUGAAGUCAAAGUCCAUUAAGCCCCGCUUAACCAUCUAUGUGUGCCAGGAGCAGCCCACCAGCAUUCCAGUGCCAGGUCAGCAGCUGGCUGCAGGCGUUGGAGGUCCCCCAAGCUGUGGCACACCCUACAUUUAUCAUGCAAUCUACUUGGAAGAAAUGGUCGCCUCCGAAGUCGCUCAGAAACUUGCACUGGUGUUUAAUAUUCCAUUCCACCAAAUCGGCCAGAUUUACAGACAAGGUCCCACUGGCAUUUUCGUUCUUGUUAGCGAUCAGAUGGUUCAGCACUUUGAAGACGAGAGCUGCUUUUUACUCUCUGCAGUAAGAGCUGAAAAUGGCAAUGAUAUCCACAUAAUUUUGAAGUGA